CCCCGCCCCCCUGCGCUCACCUGGCCGCGCGCUGCAGACCUGGGGCCCAUGGACACUCACACCCCGCCCUGCUGCCCCGCGCGCCGGCUCUCCCUCUCUGCCCAAAGGGACGCCAUUCACGCCUGGGCGCCCCAGCAGGGCUCCGGGAGCCCAAGGUCGCGGCUGGGGCCGGCGCCAAGCAGCAGAGGGCGACAGCUAGGGCCGCCCCGAGCGCCACCGCAGGCCCAGGCGCAUUGGUGUCCGGAAAUCCGCGGCUCCUGAUCGCCCGGACGACGACUAAAAGUUCUUGUUUUGGUUCAGAGAGCAUUUUUAAGAAGCUGGUCAAGCAUGGCUUUAACCAAUAAGAGACUUGAGAACUUGCAGACCUACAAAGUGCUUCAGUGUGUGCGGAACAAAGACAAGCAGCAGAUAGAGAAACUGACUAAGUUUGGCUAUCCUGAAUUAAUCAAUUUCACAGACCCCAUUGAUGGACUUAGUGCUCUGCACUUGGCCUCAGUUUCCAAUGACAUUGAUAUGGUCAGCUUUCUCCUUGAACUUGGCGCUCACCCUGAUGUGCAAGACCAUGUGGGCUGUACUCCAACAAUGAGGGCUGCAGAACUGGGUCAUGAAUUGUCAAUGGAAAUAUUAGCCAAGGCCAAGGCUGAUAUGACUAUAGUCGAUAAUGAAGGAAGAGGUGUUUUGUUUUAUUGCAUUUUACCUACUAAGCGGCAUUAUCGCUGUGCUCUGAUUGCCCUUGAACAUGGUGCAGAUGUCAACAAUUGUACCUAUGAUGGAAAACCGAUAUUCCUUAGAGCUUGUGAAGAAGCACAUGAUGUUAAAGAUGUGUGCCUGACAUUUUUGGAAAAAGGAGCCAAUCCAAAUGCUAUCAACUCAUCCACAGGCCGCACAGCUCUAAUGGAAGCAUCCAGAGAAGGGGUGGUGGAAAUUGUUCGAGGCAUAUUGGAAAGAGGAGGCGAUGUGAAUGCCUUUGACAAUGACAGACAGCAUGCUGCUCAUUUUGCUGCUAAAGGAGGCUUCUUUGAUAUACUGAAACUUCUUUUUGCCUUCAAUGGAGACAUGGGACUGAUUGCAAUGAAUGGGAACACACCACUUCAUUACGCUGCCAUGGGUGGUUUUGCAGAUUGCUGUAAAUAUAUAGCUCAGCGAGGAUGUGACCUGAAGUGGAAGAAUUUAGACCAUAAAACGCCCAGGGCCUUGGCUAAGGAGGGCGGCUUCAAAGCAGCAAGCAAAGAAAUACGCCGGGCAGAGAGACUCGCUAAUAAACUAGCCAAGCCAGGAGCCAAAAAUCCGAAUCCGGUCUGGGCCCUUAGACUACAUGAUUGGUCUGUAGAACGAGAGCCUUUCCUUCGGGAAGCCUUUGCGGUUGUGGACAAGGGUGAUGGGACCGUCACCAAGGAGGACUUCGUGAUGGUGCUGGAGGAAAGGCAGGAUUAUGCAAACUCAGAAGAGCUGGCCGUCAUAGCUCAACUUCAUGAAAAGACCCGGGGAGAAGGAGUCAAUGUUAACGAUUUCUUUAUGGGAACCAGAUAUUUAAGCAAGUCUUUUGUCUUGGGAUCUUAUGGGCCUAAGAAAAAGAAAAAAGGCAUGGGUAGAAGGGGGAAGAAAGGUAAGUUUGUCUUACCCCUUCCCAUCUGCAUCAUUCCGGACCACGCAUUUCCACGUCGGGAGGACGGUGGACCACCCUAUUACAUGAUUGAGACCUACAAGAAUGUCACUGACAGCAGUCGGUUUAAUCGAGACCAUCCCCCAGAACAUCCCAUUCAGGAUGACUCGGCCUGGUACAUUGAUGAUCCAGAGAAGAUAUUUUCAAAUAUUAAUUUUAUCACCAAGGCAGGAGACAUGGCUUCCCUGAAAAAGGCUUUUGAUUCAGGAAUACCUGUGGAUAUGAAGGAUAGUUAUUACAAAACACCACUAAUGACGGCGUGUGCAAGUGGGAACAUAGAUGUGGUCAAGUUUCUUCUUGAAAAAGGGGCUAAUGUUAAUGCAACAGAUAAUUUCCUGUGGACUCCACUUCAUUUUGCAUGCCACGCAGGCCAACAAGACAUUGUUGAGCUGCUUGUUAAAUCUGGAGCUUUGAUAGAUGCAAUGUCAAUCAACAACUCAACUCCUUUAAGCAGAGCCAUCGAAAGUUGUAGACUGGAUACGGUAAAAUACCUACUUGACAUUGGUGCUAAAUUCCAGCUGGAAAAUAGAAAAGGGCAUAAUGCCAUGGAUGUUGCAAAGGCAUAUGCUGAUUAUAGAAUAAUCAGUCUGGUUAAAGAAAAGCUAGAUAAUUUGCCAAAGCCUGCAGAAAAUCAAAAAGUGAAAGGCAAGCCAGCACCUAAAUUGAAGACUGAAGGCCCUGAAAUUAAGAAAGAAGAGGAACCACUGUCAUCAAUUUAUGCUGUACCAGCCAUAUCAGAGGGAAAGAAAAUGCAGAAGGAUAAUGUUGUUCAUCUCAAUUCAUUGAUUACCAGUGGUUAUACCAAGAAAGUGGAUAUUACAUUUAUUCCACGGAGAAUUCAGAGUGCUGAAGCCACAACAGCAGAGCUGAUAAGGAAGAGAGAACUAAGGCGAGAGAGGUUUACUUAUGAGGUAGACUUCGACGAUUUUAUGAUGCCUUUUCAGAAGAACAUCCGAGAGAAAGCUCAAGCAUUAGAAGCUGCCUUGAAGACCUAAGUCACAGCAGUUUCUUCUUGGGGUAAAUGUUUUAAUGCCCAGGGGCCAAACCUUGGAUAAAGUAGAUAUUUCCAUCAAAGCCAAAGCAAUUCAUACAAGAAGAAUGUAUUAACAAAUGUUUGUUUUUGCUUUAACAACUCUAAAUAUUCUGAGCUGUCUAGAGAA